GUCGUGUAGAUAUAAAGUUUGCAUGUGUAUUAUGACGGUAUUAUAUAGGUAAUUAUUUCAGUCCACUCUUUACAACAUAUUAUCAAACCAAAAAUGUUGAGCAGUUUUGAUAAUUUAAACAGAAACUUUUGGUUAAAAACUACACCAUAUUUAGUAAUUUUAACACUUGAGUUGUUAUUAGAUGUUUCAGAUUGUAUGACACAAGCUGAAAUAAAUAGGCAUUUAGAGUUAGGGAAACAAUAUUUAGCUAGCGGUCAGUUAGGAGAUGCCCUGAGCCAAUAUCAUCUGGCAGUUGAGGGAGAUCCCAACAAUUAUCUAACUUACUUCAAAAGAGGUACUGUGUACCUAGCUUUAGGCAAAGCGAAGAAUGCCCUCAGUGAUUUAGAUAGAGUGUUAGAGUUAAAACCGGAUUUCACUGCAGCUAGAAUUAGCAGAGGCAAUGUUCACCUUAAGCAAGCCAACUAUGAUUUAGCACAAUUGGAUUAUUAUAAUGUGUUAAAGAGUGAUCCAUACAACGCCGAAGCAAAUGAACUUAUGCUACGAAUAGACCCUACCAAAGAGAAGAAACGUAGUGCAGAGUACUACUAUGGCCGCGAUGACUACGUUUCAGCCAUUCAUUACCUUACCGAAGUCUUGGAAGUUAGUCCGUGGGCCUCAGAUCUCUACGAAUUCCGUUCAGAACUACACAUGCUAAACGGAGAUGAAGUCGCAGCUAUAUCCGACAUCAGAUCAGCUACGAAACUUCAGAGUGAUAACACAGAUGGUUUCUUCAAACUUUCUAAACUUUUAUACAAAGCUGGACAGGCUACCGAAGCGUUGAAAGCAAUCAGAGAAUGCUUGAAGCUGGAUCCAGAGCACAAAGACUGUUUUCCAUUUUAUAAGAAAAUUAAAAAAGUAGAGAAGUUUUUAACAGACGCCGAAUCUUCAUUAGAAAAUAAAGAAUACGCACAAUGUAUAGAAUCAGCCAACAAAGCCUUGAAAAACGAAAAAGACGUACCGAGCAUCAUUUACGAAGGCAAAAGGCUACUUUGCGCAUGCUACUCUCGUGACGAACAGGAUUCCGAAGCCAUAACGUUCUGCACGGAAGCCUUAGCCUACAAUGAUGAUCCCAACGUUUACUGUGAUAGAGCGGAAGCUUAUUUGAACUCUGAGCUUUACGAUGACGCCAUUAGAGACUAUAGAUCAGCGCUAGAGGUCGACUCACACUUUGAGAGGGCCAAAGAAGGGCUCAACAAAGCCGAGAAUAGACAAAAACAAGCAGAGAAGAGGGAUUAUUACAAGAUAUUGGAAGUCAAGAGGACGGCGAGCAAAAAAGAAAUUAUCAAAGCUUACAGGAAAAUGGCACAAAAAUGGCAUCCGGAUAAUUAUCAAUUGGACGAGAAAAUGAAGAAGAUCGCCGAAAAGAAAUUCAUCGAUAUUGCAGCUGCUAAAGAAGUACUAACAGACGAAGAAAAGCGACGGCAGUUCGACAACGGCGAAGAUCCCCUGGAUCCGGAAUCGGGUAAAAGUCACAUGCCAAACUUCCAUCACUUCCAAAGUUUCCACGGUAGUCCGUUCCAAUUUAAAUUCCACUUCAAUUGAGACGAUACAACUCUCUAGUGACAAUUUUUUAUUUAAUUUGGGCAUUACGUCCGACACUUUGUAAAUAUUGUGUGAUAUGUGCAAUUUAGGUCUAUUUUUCGUACCAAGAAAAUUACGUUUUUUGUUUAUAGACGUAAAUUGUUAGGUGUAUAAUAUUUAUUUAUGUUUGUUGUCCGCAAACGGGUAGUAACUGUGAGGAUUGUGCUGAAAUACUAGCAGGAACUGGUAGAAGCGGUCAAAAAUGUGUGCCAUUUAGGUUGGCAGUUGCACGAUCUAAAGUCUAAAGUAACUUUUAAAAUCUGAAAAAAUUCUUCAUACCAAAUUGUUUUGGUGCCAUACGCUGUUUUGGACAUUCGCUACUUCCGUAUGUCUUCUUGUAUUGAUUAUCAUUUAGUGUACCUGAAUAAAUGAGUUUUUAAGUUAAUUUUGAAGCAUUAUAUGCCUAUGAUUU